AUGGAUUCUGGGCCUGCCUGGGCUGCUAACCCCACUCCCGGUGGCACCUUCUCCGUCCCCAAUGCCACCACACCCUGGAUGGGACGGGAUGAGGAGCUGGCCAAGGUGGAGAUCGGAGUCCUGGCCGCGGUCCUGGUGCUGGCGACAGGGGGCAAUCUGACUGUGCUGCUGACCCUGGGACAGCCAGGCCGCAAGCGCUCCCGCAUGCACCUGUUUGUUCUGCACCUAGCCGUGACUGACCUGGGUGUGGCCCUGUUUCAGGUGCUGCCCCAGCUGCUGUGGGACAUCACCUACCGUUUCCAGGGCCCUGACCUCCUCUGCCGGGCCGUCAAGUAUCUGCAGGUGCUCAGCAUGUUCGCCUCCACCUACAUGCUACUGGCCAUGACGCUGGACCGCUACCUGGCUGUUUGUCACCCCCUGCGCAGCCUCCAGCAGCCCAGCCAGUCCACUUACCCUCUCAUCGCCGCUCCCUGGCUGCUGGCUGCCAUCCUCAGCCUGCCUCAGAUCUUCAUCUUUUCUUUGCGGGAGGUGUUCCAGGGCACAGGGGUGCUGGACUGCUGGGCAGACUUCCGCUUCCCUUGGGGGCCUCGGGUCUAUAUCACCUGGACCACCCUGGCCAUCUUUGUCCUGCCUGUGGUCAUGCUCACGGCCUGCUACAGCCUCAUCUACCACGAGAUCUGUAAGAACCUCAAAGUCAAGACGCAGGCCCGCAAGGUGGAAGGAAGGGGCUGGAGGACUUGGGACAGGAUGUCGCCUUCUGUCCCAGCUGCCGCCACACGGGGCCUGCCAUCCCGGGUCAGCAGCAUCAGUACCAUCUCGAGGGCUAAGAUCCGAACCGUGAAGAUGACUUUCGUCAUUGUGCUGGCCUACAUUGCCUGCUGGGCACCCUUCUUCAGCGUCCAGAUGUGGUCCGUGUGGGACAAAGAUGCCCCUGACGAAGAUUCAACCAACGUGGCUUUCACCAUCUCCAUGCUCUUGGGCAACCUCAGCAGCUGCUGCAACCCCUGGGUCUCCAUGGGUUUCAACAGCCACCUGCGGCCAUGGCCGCUGUGCCACCCGGACUGCUGUGGGGGUCCCCGGCCCCGGCCACGCCGGCAACUCUCCAGCCUCAGCCUCUCCAGCCGCCACACCACACUGCUGACCUGCUCCAGCGGCCUGCCCGCCCUCACCCUCAGCCCCAGACUCGGUGGGGGCCCUGGGACCGAAGGGUCACUGAAGGACUCUGCGCAGGUGGAUGGGGAAGCCUCCACAGAGACCGGUGUCUUUUAG